UGUGUGGUGUGUGUAGGCUGCGGGUGGUGAUGGCUGCGUCAGGACCUGCGUCUGCUUUCCUCAGCACUGUGCUGUGCCUGCUGCUCCGUCUGGCCGUGCCCAUGUGUGUUCCCACCGAGUACACGCUGUACGUGGAGAAGCACGAGUGCGACUUCUGCGUGGCCAUCAACACCACCAUCUGCGUGGGCUUCUGUUUCUCCAGGGACAGCAACGUGAAAGAGCUGGCUGGGCCUCGUUUCCUGCACCAGAGGGGUUGCGCCUACCAGGAAGUGGAGUACCACACGGCCGUGCUGCCCGGCUGUGCCCGCCACGCCGACUCCCUCUUCACCUACCCCGUGGCCCGGAGCUGCCACUGCGGCACCUGCAGCACCUACAGUGACGACUGUGCCCAGCACAAGACUCGCAGUGUGGGCAGCGGACAGUGCUCCAAACCCCUGUGGCACCUCUACCCCUACCCUGACCAGAGCAACUACAUCCAGUACGACUGAGGGAG